AUGUCUAAUUUACUCUUUCUUUCUCUUCUUUUCAUUCAGCAUUUCCUUUUUGUCAAAUCUAAUGCUCCUCCACCGCCGCCUCUAGCGCCGGCGUUAUACACCUUUGGAGAUUGCCAAGUAGAUAUUGGCAUCAAUCCGGACUUGAAUAUCAGUUCAUCAAAAGUAAAUUAUUAUCCUUAUGGCAUUGAUUUUGUAAUUGGAGCCACCGGCAGGUUCACUAAUGGUGCCACGGUUGUGGACUUAAUAGGUGACAUUCUUGGUUUGCCAGUGUCAAUUCAUUACUCUCCUGAAAAAAAAUCAGCCAACACACUCUCAAAAGGAUACAACUAUGCAUCAGGGCCUUCUGGCAUCCUUCCUGAGACCGGAACUGCAUCUCGUCCAAGUUGGAGCAUGAACGAACAAAUUGCCAUAUUUAACAUGACGGUCCAAAACAAUCUGCCAAAACAUUUCAAGUGCAAAGCUGAGCUCGAUGACUACCUGUCCAAGUCUCUCUUUGUGGUUGAUAUCGGCACCAGCGACUACGAAUACAAUUACCUUCAGCCAAACUAUUACAACACCAGUAAAAGAUACAACCCAGAGCAGUUUGGCAAUCUCCUUGCUAAUCAAUUUGGAAAACAAUUAAAGGAAUUGUACAACCUGGGAGCCAGAAAAUUCCUGGUGUUUGAAAUUGCCCCAAUUGGGUGUUAUCCACAAGCAGUGAAACGUUAUAAGCCAACUACCAAAUGUGCUGAAGAUAUCAAUAAUCUUGUGUUAAUUUUCAAUCGGAAGCUAGAGCAUAAGGUCAGAACAUUAAGAUCAAGAUGUAAAGACGCACACAUCACCAUUGCAAAAACAUAUAGCUUCAUCCUUGACAUGUUAAAAAGACCCUCUACAUAUGGUAAGAAGAUUUUUCAUUUUUCUGAUAAUGGAAAACACAAGUCAAGUUUGCAAAAACUGAGCGGAUUUGAAUGGGGCUUUCGUGCAGGAUUCGAAGAAACUACACAGCCAUGUUGCUUGGUUAGAAAUGAUACGAUAGGCAUAUGCGCUCCAAACAAAAAUCCAUGCAGCAACAGGAACAAAGCCCUAUUUUGGGAUGACAACCAUUUGACCGAGGCUGCGUACAGGCUCAUGGCCGAUAAAUGCUUCUCUGGCUCGGAUAUAUGCACACCCAACAUCAACAAGACUCUUUCCUCGGCUGAACCUUGUAUGAAGCCGUCUUUGGUUCACAUGUUUUUCCUAGUGCUCCUAUAUGGGGUUUCUUGUUUUCACAAGACUUUUGGAUUCUGUUGGUAA